AUGAGGAGCCGCGAGGCGGAGGGCGCGUCCCUGGUAUCUCGGCUCGCGCCGACUGCAUGCGCGACGGACGCUUCAUCGUCUUUCGCUGGCGCAUGCCCUGAAUCUUCCUCCGCGCCUGCCUCUCUCUGCUUGAGGAGUGCCGAUGAUGCAUCGGCGCUCUCCUACGCACUAGCCGCCUCCCACAGCGCCGCGCUGCAGGCGACGCAGACGGCCAAAGGUGAAGCCCAGGCAGCAGUCGCCACCGCAGCGCUCACAGCGUCUCUAAUCAACCGCAUGUGCGCCCACCGCGAGUGCCCGUGUUAUCAGGCGCCUUCUGCAUCGUCUCCCUCUUCGCGCUCGUGUCCUGCGUCCUCUCCCGCAGUGAGCGCUUCUGCAGCCGGCGCGCCCCCCGCGAGAGAUGUGCAGACUGCGCACCACGCUUCGCAAGCGAGCGCGUGGCCGGUCCUGCGCCCCCCGAGCGCUGAAGGACAGACGCUGGAGGAGCCGCGAACUCACGAGUGUGUGGCGCAGCUUCUGGCGGAGAAGCAGAGACUGAGAGAGGAACUGGCUAGCCAGGUCCACGAGGAACUCGACGCCGAGAGAAAACGCGUAACGGCCGAGUUGAAGAGGCAGAGACAGCACCUGGUUCACCACGAAGAGGAACUCCGUCUUCUCCAUUCGCAGCUCAACUCGGCGCUCAGAGAAGGCACCCUGCCUCCGUCGCCGCGUCCUCUGCUCGCUGGAAAGACUAGGCGAGGCCCCGCGCGCGUUGGAACACUGUCUCCCAGCGCUUUUGGAGCCGCGCCCCCGAGGCGGAAGCUGACGCCCGCUGUGUCUCAGGCGCCGGCCGCUUCGCUUCGGCAGAGCGAAGCGCUCGCCGAAGGAGAGACGAGAAGCGAUGUCACCGCAGGCGAAGCCGUUCUGCGGCAAGAAGGCGUGGAGGAGACGAAUAGCGAAGAAACGCCCACGCGCAAUGCGCGCGAGGAGGGGUGCGCAGCUGGGGCGGCUGAGACGGAUGCAACGGAGAGAGAAGACGCGAAGGAAAGCGAGGAAAGGCGGGUGGACUGUCGACAGUCUGAUAGGCUCCAGCUCAAAUCAGAGGAAGAAGAACGCGCAGGCGAGGCCAGAGACGUUGAGCCCAAAGGCCAGGAGAGGCCAAAAAACGCAGGGGAUCCGCCCUCUCUGUCUGCGGAAAACGCUCCUGCACACGAGGCGACUCCGCAUCCGGGCUUAGAUGGAACCGGCGCUCCGCGGGCACAUACACAAGAAGGACACGAGGAGGGCAAGGGCGCUUUCAGCAGGACAGGAGCUGACGGCGCUCUCGGUGGCAUGCGCGCCGGGGUCGCCUCCAGCCGAGAAAGACCUGAUUCUACUGUCUCUGGCAGUAACACAACGUGGCGACGCACACAUUUCAAGCAUGCAGACGAGGUGCUUCGCCACGGCGUCAGCAUCCUCAGUCACUACGUGAUGAAGCAGCUGGUUGGAUCAGGGACUUGGGGCGACGUGUUCAUCGCCGUCGAACGCGCGUCGGGACUCCACCGCGCCGUCAAACGAAUCUCCAAGAGGUCGGCAAAAGCUGUGGAGCACGCAGAAGACGAGGUGUUGCUGCUGCAGCGCUUGGACCAUCCGAACAUCAUCAAAGUCUACGAGUGCUUUGAGGACUACUCCUACGUCUACAUUGUCAUGGAACUCUGCCGAGGUGGGGACCUGUAUGACGCGAUUCUGCAGCGCAUGAGUGCGGUGGGGGGCCCCGCGCCCACCUCGUCGCCGUUUGCGUAUUCCGCGACCCCCCCGUCGGCUUGGGGAGGCGCGGCGCCGACGCCCAGGCGGCCUCCGCGCGCGCCCUUCGACGAGCUCGGCGCAGCCGUCCUCAUGCACCAGAUCUUCUCGGCCGUUCACUACUGUCACUGCAAGGAGAUUGCUCACCGCGACAUCAAGCCUGAGAACUUCCUGCUGACGCAUCCGAAUUCUUUCAAACUGAAGUUGAUUGACUUUGGCCUCUCCAGGAGUUUCCUCUACGACGCGGACGAGUUGCCGCCGCGGACGCAACGCCGUCGCCGGGAUGCGGAACGCCGCGCCCCCUCCGACCGCGGUCGGGAGAGGCACGGGCCUCCGUCCGCCCUCUGCACGCCGUCGCCUUCCGCGGCGGCGGCCUCAAGGCCUGCUGCUGAAGGCACUCGACAGGACGCGCUCGAGACGGGCGAGGGAGACCCUGAAAUGGAGUCGCUCUCCAAUGCCGCGCGAAUCUCGGGGGCACAGAGCGGGGGGACGGAAGAGCGGAGCCUGGAGACGAGGCACGCAGAGACAGCCACGGCAGAUAGACGCGAACAAGGAGGGCGCGCAAGCGAGGAAAGCACAGAACGAGGAUCUAGCAGAAAGGAGCAAGCACGCGAGAUGCAGAAAGAGGCUGAAUCGAGGGGGCGCAGCCAGACUGGCGACGACCGCGAAGAGAUGCACUCGCCAUGGGUCUGCAGAUCCGUCGGCGAGGCGCUCCGCUGCCUCCAACUGAACCAGGAGCGCAGAAAGCAUCGGAUUCCAAGCCUCCGUGAAGCUUCCUCUCUCAACGCACCGCCUCCGCCCGGCUCUGCUUCUUCCUUCUCUGCGCCUUCUUCGUCUCAUCUUCCCUCCGGCGCCGCGUCUUCGCACAGCGCGCCUUCGCCGACCUGCGGCUCCGCCUGCGCUUCCGCGCUUCCUCAGUUUUCUCCCGCGCAAAGCAGCGAGGCCGUCGAGAGAGAAGACCGCAGAGGCAAGUCCUGCAGUCGCCAUCGACUCGUGCGGCCGCUGCACUCGAUCGUGGGCACGCUGCACUUUGCGGCGCCAGAGAUUCUCUCGAUGUCUGUGCGAGACCUGUCGAUGUAUUCGCCGCCGCGCUUGCUUCGGGCGCCUUCUCAAGAGGCGGCCGCGGAAGUGCCAUGCAGAGAGGGCGGAGACGGCGACGCGGUCGGAGCUGGGGCGGCGGGGGAAGGUGCUGAGCGCGACGCUAGACGAGAAAAGAAAUCGACAGAGGGCGCUGAUGGGACGCGGCAGGCCGGCGCCAAGCCGCUGGACUGCAAAUUUGGAUACGACGGAAGAUUCGCGGAUUCAUGGAGCUGUGGCGUCCUGCUCUACCUUCUCCUGAGCGGCGACCUGCCGUUCGAUGGGCGAUCUGACGCCGACGUGCUUCACCGAAUGCUUCACUCCUCGCCGUCCUUCGCAGGCAACGUUUGGAAACCCAUCUCGUCGGUCGCGAAGGACUUGAUCUGCCGCCUGCUCACGGUUCCUCCGACGAGCCGGCUGCUUCCCGGGGAGGCGCUGCGACACCCCUUCUUUCACGUCUUCCUUCCCCACACGAUUCCGCUGCCUCUCCACGCGUUCCCUAGCCUGCUGGGGCAGGACCUGCGACGGCCGUCGUUCUUCCUCGAGCCUGCGCCUUCGUGGGCCUCUGCACCCCUCCUCCGCUCGGCGUCCUGGCGAACUCUCGCCUUGCCGCGGGGCGGCGGGCUCCCGUCCCUGGCGCCCGACGAGCGCCCAGGCAGAGACAGGGGCGACUCUGGCGUGCAAGCGGACAAAACGCCAGGCUCGGACUGCUCCUCUGGCUGCGGCGCGUCUGCGGUCGGCUCGCCGUCGCGGACAGCAUGCGGCCCUGGGCCUGCAGAGGCCGCGCCAGACGCGGUCGCCAGCGGCCUCGCGCAGCCUCCGCUGCGUGCGGCGUCUGUGUCCUCUGCGUUCCCUGCGUGGCUUCGGCGGUGCCGGUCUGAGACAGACGUACGCGCCUCUUGCGCGGACUGCAGCGCCGCGCGACGCAGCCGCAGAGCGACGUGGAUUCGCGCGGCUAGCCGAGGCGCUUAUUGCGGCGACUCACGUGGCGCAGCGAUCCUCUCCCGAAAAGAGGGCAGCGCCGCCGCCUCCUCGUCGCUCGCGCCCGUUAGCCCGCCGGAAACAGGCGCUGCGGCCUCUUCGCCUCUGGGCCUUGCGGGCGCCUAUACCCCUGGAGGGGCUCUGCAGCCCCCGCUGGAGGGGAGUCUCUCUCUCUCUGCGCUCUGCGCCUCAAACUUCUCUUGCUUCCGUGAGGCUCCCCCGCCAUCGAAUCAAGACGAAGUCCCGGCGCAGGAGAGCAAAUCCUCGUCCUUUCCCUCGGCGUCGCCUCUGACCUCGCCUUCCGCCACAGGCGUUCGCGGCGGCGGCGCGUCGAGGCAGGGCGGGGAGGAGAGCCUGAGGGAAGAUCGCUCGUUCUUCGGCGACGCAGGAAGGGCGAGGCCAGCCGUGGCUCACCGACCAGGAGACAGCGACGACGCGAGCCUUGGGCUGGACUCUGAGGAAAACGGCGACAAAAAACCCAUAUCUGCGUCCGUCGCGGCCUUCAACGCACAUCGACAGGCGCUUCCGCCCUGCGCGUCAGCAGCGCAUCUUCUGGACUCGAUCGCUUCAGCGCAAGAGAAAGAAGCAGAAAGAGGCGAGCCCCGCCGCUCUUCGGCAGCCCAAGAGACUCAGAACGGCGGCAAGGCCAGACACGGGAAGACCAAGCGCAAGUCGAAAAAGAGAGCGGAGCUCAACAUCAACCCGACGCAAGCUGUAGCUCUCCUUGAGCGCUUGGGGCGGCUUCAGUCUUCGUCCAGGGGCCUCAUCGGCUUGCGUGUCUCCGCCGCAGGACCGCUCUCAGCCUCCAUUCCCUCAGCUGUCGCCUUGCGGGCGCAGCCCCCCCUACCGGGGUCGUCUGCCGCCUCGGCGCCUGCGCUCGCGCUGUCCGCCGCGGAGCGUGUGCAGAGGCGGCCGCGGGGGGUAGCCGGAGGGCGCCACGUGCUUGUGGGCGGCGUGCGCGAGGUCGCGGAAGCCAAUCUAGCUCAGCACCAAUGGCAACUCGUCCUGGAAGAUCUCGCCAACGAGCUGGGCGACGGUGGCGACAGCGUCGCCCUCACGACUGCCUACGUCUGCUGGUGUCGGGGACCCGCGCAGCGGCAGUGGGCGUUGCUUCAUCGGCAGCUGCCGAGCGGCGAGAAGCUGUCAGAGGACCAUCGCGGGGUGGAGGCUGGACGCAAACGCGAAGAGAAGGCGGCGGCCGGGGGUGAAGCAGCGGCGGCACAGAGAGACAGGGGGGACGGGGAAGUGGGGGAGGCACACAAAGAAGAGGAGGGAAGGAAAGAACUCAAAACACACCGGGAGGAGGAAACCGACGUUGAAACGAAGCGCACGGAUGCGGAGGCAGCUAGGAAAGAAGUGGAAAACCGAUUUCGCCGAUUAAGCGAGAACGCGGCCGACGACGGUGAUGAGACGCUGGAAAAGGAGAACGACGGCGACAGCUCCGACAGCAGUUCGGACUCUGGACAAGAGAACGGAGGCGAUGCGACAAAGACAUCUUCAGACGGCGGCGACGACGGCGAGGAAGAAGCCAGGGAUUCUUGCCAGCCGCUGCCGCUGUCCCCCGUCUUCUCCUUUCCCGCUGUCUCCGUGCCGCCUGUGUUUCACCCGACGACCUCCAACGCCUCCUCUGUCUCCGCGUGUUCGACAGCCUCGUCGUGGGGCGGCGAGGAGAGGCUGGCGCCCGCCGGCACCAGCGACGCAAAUCCGUCUCCGAGCGCAAUAAGGGAGGAAAAAGGCGCCAAGGCGUCUGGGAACAGACGGGCUCGCUUCGACAGCGCCAGCAGCUGCAGCAGCACCUCGAGCGCCACGACAGCCCCCCUGCCGACUGUCACAACUGCUCCAUUUCUUCAGCCGACCGCACCGUUUUAUCCUCUCGGCGAGAUGCAGGCGCCGCCCUCUUUCCUCCCCCACGACGCGCCACCGGCGCUCCAAGACGCCAGCAGCCAUCACAACACGGCGCUGGUCUACAGUCCGCGCACGCGCACAGCAGCUGCAAUCGCUGCGCAGAAAGCUGCAGGGAAACAAGCCUUCGUCGCGCCGGAUGCAAUCGGAGGAGGCGCUGCAGGCGUGCGAGGGGAAGGCCUGCGAGACACCCCCCACGGCCGACCUGGAGCCGAACGCGGAGGGGCUGCGCCUGGCCCGCGGGCCGGUGGGGCUCGAAGACCCCUGCUGACAGCCGCGGUCGCCGUGGCGGGGGACUUGGCCACAGGCGCCCAAGGCGCCGGUGAGACCGGCGCGGAGAGCGAAGCUGAGAGGAGAAAGCCAGACGUGACGUUCGUGGAAGGCCCCUGCAGCCCGGCGUACGGAGCCCUGGGCGCCCGCGGGUGCGUGGGACCCCAUCCGCCCGCGGCGCGACUUGGAGCCCAAGCCGCGGCGGCGACCCUGAUGGCCCUCGGCGGAGGCGUGUAUCUGGAUCAGAGCAGCUGGCAACCAGCCGACGCCGGGACAGGGUCUUCGCCGACUGCUUCGGGGAGGGGGGGGCGAGAGACGCAGGGGUCUCAACGUGACGCGAUGGCUUCCACGGCCACACGCGAAAGCUUACCUGAGCAUCCGUUUGCGUCUGUGCUCUCCGCUCGCGGCUUUACUGUCUCCUCUCGGCCCCAAGACUGCGCCACGUGUGGGCCGCUGUCUCCGCGGGCGGGGACCGACGGGGCAGGGGACGCGAUCGUCAGGGGCGAAGCCGAGAGGCGGGAGGGAGACCGGAGAUGGUCGCUCUGCGAGGCAGAGACGCGACGGAUUGAUGAAGAGCGCCUCAGGCGACGACAGGAGGAGCGCGAACUGAACUUCCUCCUCUGCUCGCCUAUACCCCAUAUCCACCUUCCGCCCUCGUCGCCUUCGUCUCCCCAUCUUGCGUGUGCCGCAACCCGACGCCCUGCGCCGGAGGGCCUUGAAGGCGCAGGUCACGAGUCGCGCGAGCACACACCGCGCGUCCUCGCCUCUGAUUUCCUUUCUUCUCGCGCUGCCCAUUCCAACGCCUCUUUCCCCGCACUGGGCCCCUCCUCCGCUGUCGCGCGCGCCUCGUGUUCGCCAGCCCGGCUUCCGCCACUUGCGUCGUCUUCGCGCCUUUCUGCAUCGGCUGCUGUGCUCUCCCCAUCGUCCGCGAGCUCCCCCCAGUGCGGCCAAAUCUGCUUCCUGACUCCAUACGACGUGCGGCUUUUCCCAUUCUGCCCCCUCGCGCCGAUUCUGCUGGAGCGCUGGCUGACCUACGCGCGAAAAACUGUGCUGCAGAAGAAGUUCUCCUCCACGGUGAUUCAAAUCGCGCGGGGCGAGUUCGCCAACGUCUACAAUGCGCUUCAUCUCUCCGCCUCCUCUUCGCUCUCCUCGCGCCCAGUGGCUCUCGCCCUUGCGGCCUCCGGCGUGCGCCUCGGCGCCCGCAGGGCUCCACCCGCUCCGCACAGCUCCCUGGCUGGCGGAGCGCAAGGCGCCGGACCCGCGAGCCCGUCAGGGGUUGCCGGCGCCCUCGCUGGCGCGUCGGAGGCGGCGGCCGCAGAGUCGCUUCGCCCCCAGACGGCAGGCAGGGAAGCAGGAGGGAGAGUCCCCAUCAAGUCGCGAGCCAGCCCCGGCGCGUCGGUAUGCUCUGCCGAAGAGAUCGAGAGGAGCGACUGCGCACUGGAGCAGCUGCAGAGACUCGAGGGCCUCUUCAUGCUUCUCGACCGCGACGGCGACGGCCAGCUGACGCCUGAAGAGCUCUUCCAGGGCCUGCGCCAUCUGGCCCUUCUGCUGCGUCUCAAGUGGAGGAUAGACGGGGCGCGCAAGCGCGAGGCGACAAAUUUUACGAAGCUCCGCGACAAACGCCUGGAAGAAGAGGCGCGCGAUGUUCGCGCGGCCGAGGCGGUGAUUCGGCGCCAGCGGGAGUUCCUCGUAGUCUGCCGCAGCGCGCCGCCGGGCGGCGCCCAGGCUCCACACAAGACGCGCGUCUCGAUUCUGGGCGCGAGCCAGGAAUGCGAAGGGCAGAGUCGCGCCGCGCCGCAGCUUCGACACAACAACUCGAGGCAGCGAGGGCCUCGGUGUUUGCGGAAAACCGAGGAAUCAGAAGAGAGGGCAGGCCCUUCUUCCACUUCGUCCUUGCCGCGAUGCCCCACGACGCAAGCCGCGGGCGGCGGUAGCAGCGGCAGUGGAGGCGCGGCGGGCCGAGACGCUGACGGAGACGCUGAAGGCCUCGGCGGCUCGGGAGGCGUGCAGAAGGCGCACGCGAGGGAGGGCGAAGAACAGGACAGAGUCUGUGGACCGAGGCCCUCACAGAAGAGAAACUCUGAGCAGCCCGACAGCUCGGCAGAGGGCCUCGAAGGCCUCGUGGACGCCUCGCCGCUGCAGCUGCGGAGGCGACAGCGACGCCGCCUUCUCCUGGCGGUGUGGCGCGACGAAGGAGACGCGAAGGCCUUCGUGGAGGCGUGCAUACGGGACUGCGACACGAACGACGACGGCGUGCUGGAUCUCUCCGAGUUUCUCACCGCCUCUGCAGAUGAACGGAUCUUCGCCCGGCAGGACGUGCUCAAAGCGGCCUUCCACAAACUGGAUCGCAACGGCGACGGCCGCCUGAGUGUGAGCGAGGUUCAGCAAGCGCUGGGAUGGAGUGAGACCGAAGACGCCUCUUCGCCGCACUGCCCUCCUGAGUGUAAGGCCCACGAUGAGGAAGGCGAGCCGACCAGCCUCGGCUAG